UACUACUAAGGAGUUGGAAGCAAUGACAAGCAUGUAAAGUUGUUGACAAAUAUAUAGACUAGUAAAUUGCAACUUGCAAGAAGUCGUCGGCCCUCUCGGCACACUCUGCGCUGUACGACUCCAAUUUUACAUCGCAUUUUGCCAUUGACAAGACCAGACGCGCCUCGCCGAGAUCUGCUCCGUCCUCCGGGUGCUCGGCUGCGAGUUAGCUGCUCGAUCGCCUUACACACACAUGGAACAGGAGAGCAGCCAAGGGCGAAAGCAAACGCCACGACGGGGGCGCAAGUUGAAACCGCGGUCCGGCGUGUGGGCGCACUUCACACGUUGCAGAGAUGACCUUGGAAACGAUACCGGCAUGGCGCAGUGCAACCGUUGCAAAAACCAAUUGAACGCAAGUUAUGGCACGACCAGCCUGAAGAAGCACGUCGAUAGAUGCAUCGAACAGGAAGCUGCUGCCGCGGGGGUUGCACGACCGCCGCCGCCGCCCUGCGCUCCUUCAGGCUCCGAUGGAUCCACGGAUCCUGAGCCUGCAGGCCUGGAAGAAGAAGAAGAAGCCAGCAGAGACCUCGCUCGGAUGAUCGCGCUGCAUGGAUACGAUCCGUCGAUCGUGGAGGACGACUACUUCAAGAGCUUCGUGCGCCGUCUCAACCCUGGAUUCGAGGUGCCCUCGCGCCGUGCCAUUGAGCAGAUUUGCGAUGGUAUCUUUGAUGAGGCAAGGAGGGAUCGGGAUUGCCCCUGGGUCGACGACGUUCCUGGGAAAGUGAGUUUAGCAAUGGGUAAAGCUAAAACCAUGGAGCGGGAAGUCCUAUAUAGAGCGUGCCACUUCAUCGAUGAUGACUGGAAUCUUCACAAGGUGGUCGCGGACGUAAAACUGGACGUACCUCGGCCUUCCUACCAUGGAUCAUUAUUGGUACCCACGGGACAAAUUUGUGUUGAAUGCGAAGUGGAUGUGGAGAUCAUCAGUAGUUAUUUUUUGGGGCUUAUUUCUGAUGGUGAUCUGUUCAUGAUAGCUUGCGGGAUAACUAAUGAUCACUCAAAACUGAAGUAUGACGUAACGAAGCUAUUUGAUGAUACCUAUGCAGCGAGCAGAGGGCUAGUUUGUACCACCUUUAUGGACAAUAUACUUCACUCCGUUGCUCAAUGCCUCAAUCUAGAUUCUGAUUUCGCUAAAGAUAUGUGGCUCGAAGGAAAAGAAUUAGACUUGACAAGACAAGAGCGUGAGAAGCUUCUUUCACGUCAUGGCCUAGAUCACCUAUGGGCAUACGACGACGGAUGGUGGUAUUCGUGGUAUUGUUCUUUGGAAGUUCUUCGCAAGGAACGUUCUUCUAGAAUUAGAGACAAGUAUUUAUUUAUAGAACUAUUGUGCAAUAUUUGGGGGGCAAUAUAUAGUGCCAUUCAAAUAAUUUCUGCCUCCAGCGGUCCCACUUCAAAUCUUUGUCUUGGAGAGCUGUUCAAUGUGAGGAAAGUUUUGCAAUCUGAACUCGCACGGGCCAGUGGAGGCAAUGCAAAUCCUUACAAUGGAUAUAAUGGUUUUCUUGGUGCCCAGGAUGUUGCGGAUGUUCUGAAAAAGGCAAUAGACACUUUAGACAAAGCUAUACAAGAUUGCUACCUUGUCUGGUCUAUACCACUUGUACUGGACCCCCGGUACAAACUCAGUUUACAUUGGAGUACUAUUUUCAACAAUGCGUUUGGCCUCGAGGCUGCUAAUGAUUACAUCUCCCAGGUAACAACAAAGAUAGAGGAGCUGUACACUGAUUAUAUUAAAGGUGACAGCGAGGAGAUGUACACUGGCUAUACUGAAGAUGACAGCGAGGAGAUGUAUACUGACUAUACUGAAGAUGACCGCGAGGAGAUGUACACUGGCUAUACUGAAGAUGACAGCGAGGAGAUGUACUUUGACUAUACAGAAGAUGACCGCGAGGAGAUGUACACUGACUAUACUGAAGAUGACCGCGCCAGUGCAAUGGCCGUUGACAGCGCUGAUCCAUCGCAACAAGCAUCGGAUGAACUCUUUCGUUACCUGAAUGAUUGUCUCGUCGAACCAACACAAGAUUUUGAUAUCCUCAAGUGGUGGAAGGUUCACAGGUCGGACUACCCGACGGUCGCUCGGAUGGCGAGGGAUGCUCUGGCCAUGCCCACAUGCAGUAAGCUUUCUUCUGACCAAAUGGCCCACGUCAGGAGCAUUAUUCGCGGCUAUUCCAAUAAAAAAAACUUUAAAUAAAUAAAUUCCGUUAGAAGACGGUGGUAUGAUGCUCCAGCUCAAAAAAAGCGCCUCGACUCUCGAGUGACUGUAACCAUUCCAGUGCUCUUCUUUGGCAGGUUCUUCAACCUCGAGCUUCUUAGACUGGUGGCGUCUCGUCAUCUGUGCUGUUGCAUGUUGAAAUGUAAUUUAUAUUCAUUAUGUUACCAUCCUUGUAAUAAUGUCUACUACUCCACUUCUCUCCUGUUUCCACAUAAUUUUUCAAUGAUUUAACCCUGGA